AUGUUGGGUAUGUUUAGAUAUACAUACGGGGGAUCCCAUCUCCCCGAGUGGGAGAUGAGUGACCAUGAAUGCGUUUACUUUGUGACCGUACAUUUCGACGAAAGAUAUCGGACAUAUUCCAGCAAAAAGCUCAUGCGAAGUAUGAUCCGUCGAAUCAAGGAAGGGGAAGCCCAGGUCAGCCUAAAGCCCCUCCAUGGCCUCACUCCGCGAUGUAUCUCAAUGCCAGUUUAUGGACCCUAUGACGCUCCAAACGCCGUCGUUCUCGCGACCGCCAGAGUAGUUGCAGAGACGCGCUUGAAUGAAAUUGGCCAAGGGUUUGUGGAGAUCGACAUGGAUAUUCUUUUUGGCCAACAGGAGAAAUAA